GCGCUGCUGGCACGCUCCUUCAAACCGCUCUUUGUUGCUCCGGAGCGUUUGGUCUCUGCCUUGCCCUGCUCUGCCCUAGGAGUUUCUAAAACACGGAAGGAGCCAAUCCCGCUACACCUAAGUACCCCGGCCACCACAGUGCCCAGUGAGCUCCCUGGGCGCGAGAGACCGGCCUUUAAAGAAAUAGAGACAUGCCCCAGGGAGCGCCAGGCCUACACAAAGCUGUGUCAGAGAACCAGCAGCAGAGAAGCCUGAGCCUGGCGAAGGAGCCGCACAAAGGCAGCGUGGCCUUAGGAGCGAGUGUGCCCUUUCGGACCAACAAGGAGGGCUCAGUGCCAUGUGGAAGGUGAUCACUUCAUUGAUCCUGUUGACCGUCAGCCCUGGAGACGGACUCUUUCGUUCCCUUUACCGAAGUGCCAGGGUUGCUAUGCCAGCCACCGGAGAUGCAGGACAGCCGUUAUUUCUUACCCCUUAUAUUAAAGCUGGGAAGAUCAGUGAAGGGCAAAAACUGAGCUUGGUCGGUCCUUUCCCAGGACUGAAUGUGAAGAGUUAUGCUGGCUAUAUCACAGUGAACAAGUUCUACAACAGCAACCUCUUCUUCUGGUUCUUCCCGGCAAAGAUACAGCCUGAGGAGGCACCAGUGGUCCUCUGGCUUCAAGGUGGCCCAGGAGGUUCAUCCAUGUUUGGCCUCUUUGUGGAACACGGACCUUAUGUUGUCACAAGUAACAUGACGGUUCAUGACAGAGAGUUUCCUUGGACCACCACUCUUUCCAUGCUCUACAUCGAUAACCCUGUGGGCACAGGCUUCAGUUUCACUGACAGUCACAAGGGAUAUGCAGUCAGUGAGGAUGAUGUAGCAAAAGAUUUGUACAGUGCUCUCAUUCAGUUUUUCCAGUUGUUUCCUGAGUAUGCAAAUAAUGAUUUUUAUGCCAGUGGGGAGUCUUAUGCAGGAAAAUAUGUGCCAGCCAUUGCCCACUACAUCCACUCCCUCAACCCUGUGAGAGAGUUCAAGAUCCAUCUGAAAGGAGUUGCCCUUGGAGAUGCAUAUUCUGAUCCUGAAUCAAUUGUAGGGGGCUAUGCAGCAUUCCUGUACCAGAUUGGCUUGUUGGAUGAGAAGCAGAAAAAGUAUUUCCAGCAGCAGUGCGAUGAGUGCAUAAAACACAUCAAGAAGGAGAACUGGCUGAAGGCCUUUGAAAUCCUGGAUCAGCUGCUGGAUGGAGAUUUAACAAGUAACCCAUCUUUCUUCCAGAAUGUGACAGGAUGUGCCAAUUACUACAACCUUCUCCAGUGCAUGGAGCUGGAGGACCAAAGUUACUACGAGAAAUUUUUGUCACUCCCAGAAGUAAGACAAGCCAUCCAUGUGGGAAACCAGAACUUCAGUGAUGGUACUGAUGUUGAGAAGUACUUGAGAGAAGAUACCAUGCAGUCAGCUAGGCCAUGGCUCACUGAAAUCAUGAAUAACUAUAAGGUUCUGCUCUACAAUGGCCAGCUGGACAUCAUAGUGGCAGCCUCCCUGACAGAGCGCUCCCUAAUGGCCAUGGACUGGAAAGCAUCCCAGGAAUUUAGUAUGGUGGAAAGAAAAGUUUGGAAGAUCUUCAAAUCUGAUAGCGAUGUGGCUGGAUACGUACGGCAAGUGGGUGACUUCCAUCAGGUAAUUGUUCGAGGUGGAGGACACAUUUUACCAUAUGACCAGCCUUUCAGAUCUUUUGACAUGAUCAACCGAUUUAUCUAUGGAAGAGGAUGGGAUCCUUAUGAUUCAUAA